AUGGUAAUCUCAACAACACUUCUGUUUUUCAUAUUGGAACUUCCUCUCAUUGAGCACGCACCGGGAGUGGACUUAGAUAGGCUUCCUUCUGUAUUAAGUGAUAAUGUGUUUGAUUGGAUUGUCAUAACUUCCCCGGAAGCUGGUUCAGUCUUUCUAGAGGCAUGGAGAGCUGCUGGGAUGCCUCAUGUCAAAAUAGGCGUUGUUGGUGCCGGCACUGCAAGCAUUUUCAAGGAAGCUAUGCAGUCUUCAAAGCAAUUGCUUGAUGUUGCCUUCGCACCAUCAAAAGCGACAGGAAAGGUUUUGGCUACAGAACUUCCAAAGAUUGGAAAUAAAACAACUGUUCUAUACCCUGCUUCUGAAAAGGCCAGCAAUGAGAUUGAGGAAGGACUUUCCAAGCGUGGAUUUGAGGUGAUUAGGAUGAAUAUAUACACAACGGUGCCAGUUCAAAAUGUAGACCAAAUGGUUCUUAAGCAGGCACUUGCUGCCCCUGUUGUCACUGUAGCUUCACCAUCUGCUAUUCGUGCUUGGAAGAAUCUUCUUUCUGAUUCAGAGUGGAACAAUUCUGUUGCAUGCAUUGGCGAGACGACUGCUGCAAUGGCAAGAAGAUUAGGAUUCAGAAAUGUGUACUACCCAACACAACCAGGCCUGGAAGGGUAA